AUGCCUCGCUCUGCUGAGAAGCGUCUCGAGAAGCAGGCCAUGUACGUCAGCGGCCUUGCGCGCGACGAGUACGAUGACUCGCUCUCCACGAUCCGCGACCUCGAGGAGAUCAUCGCCGACCGCCAGGAGCGCGUCGACGUGGAGAUGAGCUUCCUCAAGGAGGAUAAGCGCAUGCUCGAGGAAGAGAAGGGCAUGCUCGACGAGCGCAAGCGUCUCGCCUUCCGCACCAUCGCGCAGACGGCCAAGGAGCUCAAGCAGAAGGCGCUCGACGAGCUCUUCACCAAGGUCACCGGCCUCGACGAGCUGCCCAGCGAUAGCGACGAUGAUGACGACGACGAGGAGAGCAGCCAGGACGGCGACUGCGGCCAGUGCCCCGCCUGCCUUGCCGACGAGGCGAAGAAGCAGCAGCUCGCCAACGGCGCCGCCAGUGACGAGGACGAUGACCAGGCGGCCGAGGACGAACUCCAGAAGCUCGGUGAGGAGAUGGGCACCGAGGAGAACGAGUCGGACGGCGAGGAGCCCAAGGCGAAGGCGCUGGUCAUGGUCGAGGCCUCCGCCGUCCAGAAGAAGCCUAAGGCUGCUCCCGGCGGCGCCGGCUCUGGCGUCGGCCUCAUCAAGAAGCGCGAGCGCGACCCCGCGCCCGCCGUCGAGGCGAUGCCUGCCUCCUCUAGCCAGAGCGCGUUUGCCCGUUCCCCCAGCCGCGACCCUGCGGCUGACAGCUCGAAGAAGCCGCGCGUCAGCACGGGCGAGGACAAGCAGAAGGGUCCCGCUGAGGCCAGCCGCGGCGUCAAGCGUCCCUACAGCGGCCGCAAGCCCGACUUCAAGAAGCGCGCCUGA